CCCAACUGGAUGAUACUGAAUUGAGUGUUAAAAUAUCAGAGGAGAAGCUUUGGUCAACAGCUAAGACCAUCUGCGUCAGUAUGAAGAACACACUUAAGGAUUUCUUCACAGGGCUGAAGCCACCCGGAUCCGAAAGGACAGAAAAUGCUUCUUCCAAAGAGACCCUUGGGGAAAUCCUGGUUGCUAUCCAGAGUGAAAUCUCAAACUUAGGGCGAAUGAAGGAUUCCAGGGAGCUCCUUCAGAUCAAUGAUAUGGUAGGAACCAUGCUGAAGGAGGUUGAGAAAAGUGAGGAUGACAGUGAACACGUCUGCCAAGACAUCCCUAGAACCUGUUCAUCUUUGUCCACUUCUUUAAAUGGUCGUAGUUCCUUGUCCAGCUCUUCAAAGAGUCCUAGGUCAGAGUGUGAGUUAGAGAUCAACCUCCCUGGCACUCCCAUCCCUGACGAAGUGCCUUUUGAUCUGACCUGCCCCAUCGUCAGGAGCUCCUGCAUCGACACCAGGGUCUCUAAAAUGCCAGAGAUUUCUUCAAGUGACCUAAAGACAAAGAUGAUGGCACACACAGAUGAACCCCUGCAUCGUAACAGUCCAAUGACUGACAGCAGUCGACCACCGAGUGCUAAAGCCUCUUUUCGAUCCUCCACUCCGUCUUUCACCAGCAAGGGAACCUCUUUGGUACCAAAGGGAGAUGGGAUUGACAUUGAAGAGAAGGAGGAGUGUAUCCCCAGCAGCUCUGGCCAUCUGAGGGAGCUCUUAAUCAUCCCGGACAUCAGCAGUGCCUCUGCAUUCCCACUGCAGUACUUGAUGGACUCCAGCAAAGAUGAUGUCAUCUGUUUGGUCGCCAUACUGGUGAUAAGGUUGCUAUCGGAGAUCAGACCCUCAACCCUAGAUGGACCCUCCCAACAGGCAGCAGACGUGACAGCAACAUCUCAGCAACUCAUCAGACAAGUCCUGUCUGAGUUCUGUGCUGCAUCUAGAUUCUCCAGGACACAGGCAUAUUCCCAGAACCUGAACAUCCAAAGGGUGUUCAGAGGUGUACAUAAAAACCUCAUGGAGGAGUUUGGCUCUUAUAACACCCUGCAAGCAGCUAUUUCCUCCCAGGACCCUGCAUUUGACAGAGUCCUGGUAAAGUCCUUGACCCAGCAGCUGGUACAGGGAUGCAAGGAGGCGUCAAGACCAGCUUCUGCUGCAACAAACCCAUCAGACCAGGCUGAGACAGAGAGGGGGGCUGAGCAGAAAGCAAGAAGGAGCUUCCUUUGCUUUUCAAUGACCAAACUCAGGAUCAACUUCAAGCGUUCCAAGAGAGGAAACAAAAAGGACUGCCAUUCAGUCCAGGAACAGACUGAGAUUCCCUCUACUGAUGGACAUUGCAUAGCUCCAGUUGGAGAGGUUUCUCCCUCCAUAUCUCAGCCUGUCAAAAAACGAUCCUUGAUUGUCAGGGUCUUUUCAGCAAUGAUGAAGCCAUUCAGGCGCUUCAACAAGAAGAACCUGUAACCUGUUACGCUGCAUGAGGAACUACUUUUGUAACAGCAAGACUUUUGACAAGAGGAAUUUCUGCAUGUCUACCCUUUCAAAGUAUAUUUGAUCAAAUAAAUGGCAAUGAUUUUACAAGAAUUUCAAGUGUUUUGGAAGAUUAGUAAAACUGAAGCAGCUUUUCUCAGAGAAAUGCACUAGUUCCCCCUUGGUUAUACAUUUAUUGUGCAGUUUUUGAGUUGGCAGGACUUGGGGCAGCAGGU